AUGGCGGGAUCACAAGAGAACAGAGAAUUGUUCAUCAAGUCUGUCAUCAAACUACUAAGACCAUUGAAGUUUGAUGGGCUAAACCUUGACUGGAGGUACCCAACUGAAGAGGACAAGCAGAGAUUCACAGAGCUUUGCAAGGAGCUCAAAACAGCCUUUGUGGAUGAAGGAACUUCAAGUAACCAGAAAAGAUUAAUCCUUGCAGCAUCUGUCUCUGCUGAGAGGUCAACCAUCGAUGCUAGCUAUGACGUGGAAGAAAUUGCUAUGCACCUGGAUUUCAUCAAUGUGUUGACGUUUGACUUCCACGGCCCCUGGGAAAGUGUCACAGCACAUCACAGCCCCUUAUUCCAGGGAUCCCAAGACACUGGAGAUGCUAUCUACUCUAACACUGCCUCUGCCUUAGAGUACUGGCGGGACCAGGGAGCACCUGAAGAAAAACUGAACAUGGGGUUUGGAGCUUUUGGACGAGCUUUUUCCCUGUCCUCUAAUUCAAGCGCUGUCGGUGCAUCAGCCAGUGGUCCUGGUGAGGAAGGCUGCUACACCGGUGAAGAAGGAUUCUGGGCCUCUUAUGAGACUUGCCUUUAUUUGGAUGGGGUACAAACCCAUUUUAUCUCUGAUCAGAAAGUUCCAUAUGCCACAACAGAAAAUCAGUGGGUUGGAUUUGACGACAAAACCAGUAUAAAUACCAAGAUCAAUUACCUCAAAGCGAAGAACUUCGGAGGAGCCUUUGUCUGGUCUCUGGACCUGGAUGACUUAAGUGGGCAGUUCUGUAACCAGGGCAAGUUCCCAUUCGUUAGCCAACUGCAUAAUCUGCUAGUACCAGAUUGA